AUGGUAGCGAAUAUUGGACAUGAACAAAAUAAUAUGGAUGAACUGGGAGCUAGAUUUGACAAUUUAUUUUGUGUUAGAUGUCAAGAUGGUUUUGAGUUAAAUGAACAAAUUGUCAAUUCUGGUGGACAAGUAUGGCAUAGUGAAUGUUUUGUUUGUGCACAAUGUUUAUUACCAUUUCCUGAUGGAAUAUAUUAUGAAUUUGAUGGUAGAAAGUAUUGUGAACAUGAUUUUCAUGUAUUAUAUGCACCAUGUUGUGGUAAAUGUAAUGAAUUUAUUGUUGGAAGAGUUAUUAAAGCAAUGAAUUUAUCAUGGCAUCCAAAAUGUUUUACAUGUGAAUUAUGUAAUAAAGAGUUAGCUGAUAUUGGUUUCCUACGUAAUGCUGGAAGAGCAUUAUGUCGGGAGUGUAAUGAAAGAGAGAAAGCUGCUGGUAGUGGUAAAUAUGUAUGUCAUCAAUGUCAUGCUAUUAUAGAAGAAGAACAUAUAAAAUAUAGAGGAGAUUCAUAUCAUCCAUAUCAUUUUAAAUGUACAAAUUGUUCAGUUGAACUGGAUCAUACAGCAAGAGAAGUUGGUGGUAAUUUAUAUUGUUUACGUUGUCAUGAUACAAUGGGAAUACCAAUAUGUGGAGCAUGUCAUAGACCUGUGGAGGAACGUGUUAUCACAGCUCUUGGUAAAAAUUGGCAUGUUGAACAUUUUGUUUGUUCUGUAUGUGAAAAACCAUUUUUAGGACAUAAACAUUAUGAAAGAAAAGGAUUAGCUUAUUGCGAAGAACAUUUCACUAAACUUUAUGGAUCUACUUGUUUCCGUUGUGGAAAAUCAUGUGGUGGUGAAACAUUUACAGCUCUUGAAAAAACAUGGUGUUUAAAAUGUUUUGGUUGUCAUUUAUGUGAUAAAAAAAUGGAUCAUAAGAGUAAAUUUUAUGAAUUUGAUAUGAAACCAACAUGUAAGAAAUGUUAUGAUAAAUUUCCAACUGAAUUAAAAAAGAGAAUAAGUGAUAGAUUGAAGGAAAGAAAUCAAAUAUCUAUAGAACGACAAAGGAGGUCUAUGAGUCCCAGUUUUGGAAGAUCAUAA